GUGUCGCUCUUUACUUGGUGGAAAUAGUUAAUUCAAAGGUUGGUCUGAAAGCCAGGCACGCCCCACACCAAAAAAACGACUCCAUCAUGCCGGAAGCUACUGUUAAAAGGGCCUUUGAAACUUCUAAAAAAUCCAGUGAGAUUAUUAUUCCGAAACUGGAGUCUCAGGUACUGUAGGUGUAAAGAAUGUUAUUUCGGAAGUCAAUGUCGUAUGCGAUGAUCUGGUCUCAAAGAAGGGAAUUGCGCACUCAGCGUCUGCUGCUCUCGCUUCUGCUCGUCGCAGCCUGGGAGGCAGGGAGCGGCCAGGUCCACUACUCGGUCCCCGAGGAGGCCAAACACGGGACCUUUGUGGGCCGCAUCGCCCAGGACCUGGGGCUGGAGCUGGCGGAGCUGGUGCCGCGCCUGUUCCGGGUGGCGUCCAAAGGCCGCGGAGACCUUCUGGAGGUAAAUCUGCAGAAUGGCAUUUUGUUUGUGAAUUCUCGCAUCGACCGCGAGGAGCUGUGCGGGCGGCGCCUGGAGUGCAGCAUCCACCUGGAGGUGGUCGUGGACAGGCCGCUGCAGGUAUUCCAUGUGGAGGUGGAGGUGAAGGACAUUAACGACAACCCAAUAGAACUGACUCCAUAUUGA